ACAAAACAUGAAGUACUUAGUCGCUUGUGCCCUUUUGGCUGUUGCCAGUGCUGUUCCAUACGGACAAAGCCAGCAAUGGGCGCCGAUAGCCCGAUUCCAGCAAAAAUCAAUUGGCUCCAUUGUUCAACCAAUCGAAGCCUUCCAGAACAAUCAACAAAACAUUCUUUCCCAGCUGCUAUUGAAACAACAAGGAAACAACCAACAAAACAUUCAAGGACUCUGGUCAGGUUUGCAGUUGGAACAGCAGGUACCCCAACAACUCUCUGUUGAAAUUGGACAAGUAUUGCAACAAGCUCAACUCCAAAACAUUGGCAAACAAGGCGUCAGAAACAUUAUCGCUGAAGAAACCGCAGAAAAAAUAGUCCAAAAUGUCCUAAGAGCUCAAGAAAAUCAAAUUAUCCAAGACAUCAACGUACUUCAAAACAUUCUUCAACAACAAAACGUAGUAGUUUCACAAUCACAAUCUGUCAUUCAACAAGGUCAAGCCCAAGGUGUCAUCGAAGCCAUUCAACAAUUGCAACAAAUUUUGCAAAAGAUCCAACAAGUCGAAGUUUUGGAACAGAUUCAGUUGAAAAAAUCCCUUCAAGCAGUUAUUGAGGCUCAAUUGAUCUCCCAACAAUUGAACGAUGUUCAAAUCCCUCUGGUAGGAAGCAAACAACCAAAUGUUCUGCAAGUGCAAAUCCAGAGAUUGGUUUCUCAAAACAUCGUACAAGGAAUUCAAAGAGAAAUUGUAUUGCAACAAAACCUAGUCCAGCAACUCCAACAACAAGAACAAUUCGUUAACCAACAAAUCCAAAACGUGAGACUUCAAUUGGUUGUCGCUCAACAACAAGGACAAUUGCCCCAAGUCCAACAAUUGCAACAAGUUUUGCAACAAUUGAUUCAACAGGAAGGACAAUUAGUUGUUCUUCAAGUUGGCAGCCAAUUGGCAAUCCAAAAACUCCAACAAGGACUCGUUCAACAAGUGCAACAGCUUCAACAAAGCUUGGUUUGGGGACAAAAUGUUGGUUUGGGACAAAUUGUUGGCUCCUCAUCAACAGGUAACCAAUGGCAAAACAGUUGGUGGACUAAAUUAUCUGGUCUCCAACAAUCUCACCAAAGAAGCGGGCAGCAACAAGGUACACUAUCCCAGAUGCAACAGAUUGUUCAACAGCAACAACAGGGUCAAGGUUCUAUUAUUGGACAACACCAACCUCAAAUCGUUCAGCAGUUGUUGCAACAACAACAGCAACAAAGUCAACAAUCCCAAAUUCAAAACAUUGUUCAAAAGCUACAACAAGGACAAAAUUUGAUGAACGGACAAGCGCAACCUCAAAUGGUCCAACAACAAUUACAACAAAUUGUCCAACAAUUAUUGCAACAACAACAAGGUCAACAAUCCCAAAUUGGAAACAUCGGUCAACAACAAUUACAACAAUUGGUUCAGCAGUUGUGGCAGCAACAGCAACAAAACCAACAAUCCCAAAUUCAAAAUAUUGUUCAACAGCUACAACAAGGACAAAAUUGGAUGAACGGACAAGCGCAACCCCAAAUGAUUCAACUACAAUUACAACAAAUUGUCCAACAAUUAUUGCAACAACAACAACAACAACAACAACAAUUAGUUGAUACUGAACAGGUUUUCGGACAACUCCCACAAUACCUGAUCCAGAAACUUCAACAAUCUGUCCAAAGAAAUAACCAGCAACAAAUUCAACAAUCCCAGAUUCAAAACAUUGCACAACAAAGCCAACAAGCACAAGGUUCUAUCAUUGGACAACAGCAAUACCAAAUCGUUCAACAACAACUACAACAAACCGUCCAGCAAUUAUUGCAACAACAAGAACAAUUAGUUGGCCAACAGCAAGGACAGGUUCAACAGCAAUGGCAGCAAGUAUACGGACAGGUUCAACAAGAACAAGUGUUACCAACUGGUGCCAUCCAAUCCCUUCAACAACAGUUGGCUCAACAACCAAUGCAACAACAAUGGCAAAUCGAGCAACAAUUGCAACAAUUGAGAUCAAUUGAAUCUCAAGUGCAGGAUUCUUUAAACUUAGGUCAAAACAUCAUUGCCGCCAGUGUACUUCCCGAAAUCCAGCAACAAAUCCAAGCUGGACAACAAGUCCAGGGAAUUCAACGUGAAAUUGUCAGGCAAUUGAUCAAAGUCCAACUUCUUCAAGGCGAAUUGCAGCUAUUGAACCAAAAAAUUAACCAAGUCCAAAUCCAACAAGUGAUCGCUCAAGAACAAGGUCAGCUUAGCCAAGCCUCUGUAUUGCAAGUGGUUCAACAACAACUGGUUCAACAAGAAACACAAUUGCUAGCUGAACAGAUUACUCGUCAAGUCAUCGUACAAGAGUUGCAGCAAGCUCUGAGAAGCGUCCAACAACAACAAGUUGAAAUUGUAGGCCAACAACCUCAACAAAUCGUACAACAAUGGGUCCAAGGUAAACCUUUGGUAGCAGUUGAGAGCUACUCCGUUCCAGUAUGGCAACGUAUGGUAGCAACCAGGAAAGUGGUGUUGCCUAGCUGGAUGUCCCAGCAAGUUCCAGUUUCUCAGUUGCAACAGCAAGGUCGUCUUCAGGCUAUUUUGUCUCUUUAAAUCCUUGAAAACACGAAUUUAUUGUGCAUUAUGACUGUGAAAUGGAAAUUGUAAUUUAGUUUUUAGAAUAAAUUCAAAGCAAGACUGA